GUUCGGUCGUUCCCGUGUCGCGCAAGGGUGUUGAUGUUGCUCUUUCUUCAUCAAAACAAAGGUAAAUUAUGAUUAACAGAAUAAACUUGGUCCCUUUUCCGUUUUCGGUUAUCGCUGCCGCAUCGAUUGCUCGCGAUUUCAGUUCAGUUCUGUGGUUGGAGAAAAUUCCACGGUCGGUAGCCGAACCGAAGGCCAUUGUCGGUGAACCGGGAAUGCAUUCUGUAAUACAUGCUAAUUAGGGGCAUCGAACGGGUGUGUGACAAAAGGUUGAAGACGAAGAACAACAACAACAACAAACGAGACCGAUACGAAGAAGUAAAAAGUGCUGGGUGCUGCUGCGGUAAUGUUUAUGCUACCGCCCAUCCCGAAGAAGAUAGUGAUGUUAGAGAGCAGUAGUUGUUAGGUGGUUCGUCGGUGUAUGUCUGCCGCCCUUUUGUGCUCCGUUUGAUUGUGUGAAAAAAAUAUGUCAAAAUCGAUGAAUGGCAAAAGUGGUCGUAUAAUUUGUGUUGAUAACGACAGAAGCGUUUAUGUGGAAGCCGUGUUUCCGUGCAGAAGAAAGCAGUAAAAAAGCCGCUGCGACGGUAUCAUCUUAAUUAUGUUGUUGCUUAAAGUACAAGGCCUAGUGGUGUUAUCAGUUUUGUAAAGUGACCGAGUUGUAAGUGGAAAGUGAACUUCGACAAUCGGACGUGUGUGUGGCACCUUCGUUGGGUGAUCUGUUUUACGACUGCAGGCGUAUUUGCCCCAGAAUACAAAAAAAGGGGCGGAAACUGUCACCUACUUCGUUUAUACAAUUGUCGUGAGAGCUGAUAGGAGUUUUUUUUUAAUAGUGCAAAAGCUGUUUUGCAUCAACUAUCAAAUUAGGCCUGGGUUGUUGAAACGAAGAAAAAAAAGCACAAUGGAUCUAGCGAACCUGUUCCUCUUCUGUCUGAUGUCCUGCGUGAUUGGCGCCGUGCUGAUGCUGCUAAUACAGUAUUAUGCUUUCGUGCGAUACUUUCACCUACCGGAACUGGGCCAGGAGCAGGAGGAGUAUCGCAAGUCGGCAAACAGCGAGCCGUACGUGCUACCGGAUACACUUCUAUCCAGCAUCAAAGCGCCGGAUGCGGAGAGCAAAUCAACCAUCAUGGCCAUCAACUUGAUUCUGCAGUUUCUGUACUUUGAGCUGCGACACUCGAACCGGGUUCGCAAGUGGUUCCAUCGCAAGCUUUCGCUCGAAUUGGAUGAGCUGAUAAGCAAAACAACCACCGGGAAGCUGUUCGACAAGCUUUCGAUUCGAGAUCUCGACUUGGGUAGCCAGUUUCCCGAGAUUAAGAACUUUCGGCUGCACAACGUCGAACUUCACCCGGACGAGGCACACAUCGAGAGCUUGGAUGUGCUGUUGGACCUGCACUACGAGGGGAAUUUCCGACUGUCGAUCGAUGCCGAUAUGGUGCUCGGCAAGAAAGGAUUUCUUUCUGUUAAAGUGAAACAAGUUUCCGGAAUCGCUCGACUGCAGUUCACCCGCAAACCGUACACCCACUGGUCUUUGAGCUUCGUCGGUGAUCCCACGGUCAAUUUGGAAGUUCAGUCCCAAUUCCAGGGCCGCCAGAUGCAAUCCAACGUGACGAGCCUGAUCUCGAACCAGAUCCGCAAAGCGAUCCGACGGAAACACACCUUGCCAAAUUAUAAGCUAAGAUACAAGCCAUUCUUCAACCGCGUCGAGGAAGACUACGAUCUCAAUGAAAUCUCGCCCUCCGGAUCGCUGGAGGUUAUUGUAGAGGAAAUAUCCCGAUUGAACGCACCGACUCGGUUAUCCCAUGUCUACUGUACGGUGACGUUGGCACACAUGCCCUGGGUGCUGGCACGGCAACAGGACGACAAUAAUUUAAUCGUAUCACUGGAUUUGGAAAUUCACAAAGCCAAAAAUCAACAGAUCGGAAUAGUAUUCAAACAAUCCGAUCAGCUAGUCAUCAUAGAAGCCGUCAUUCCAAAUACCCCGGCCUCGAAGGCCGAACUGAAGCGCGGUGAUGUGUUGCUCUCCAUCCAGGGGAAACGCGUCACAACCAUCAAUCAGGUUGCCAAAAUCAUUAAAACCCUCAACAGACCUAUGUUUAUUUUACGAAUCGAGCGAAUCGUUCCUGGUACGAUCAGAAACGAUGGGAUUCUCGACGAUCUCGAAGAUUACGAAGAAAUUGAUCCCAACUUGAACAUUACAUUCACGAAGAAUGUAGAAAUGGUUCAGAUUGGUGCUGGCACGAAAGACAAACCCAGAUUGUCGCGCAAAAACUCCAAGGAGAGCGGAGGAGAGUCCAGUCAAUCCAACACGCCGGGGACGACGCCUGUCAAGCGGUCGGAAGUUUCUAAAGAUCAGAAAAAGGAAGAACCUAUUCCACUCAAAGCACGAGGCAGUGAUACCGCUGUACCAUUGGACGGUUUUCCGCAGCACUCGUCCAUGGAUUGCGAGUUUAAUUCGUUCAUUCGGAUGGGUGAUUUGUGUAGCUUCCAACUAAUGGACAACUUUUCCUACCUGAACGUAAAUGUGUUUGGCAAGAGCAGCGAUGAACAUCGAUUGCUGGGAUAUUUGAACAUUCCCGUGAACAGUAUUAUCAUGGAAUGCAAUGAAUCUCUUCUGGGUCAUCAUCUAAAGAAAUAUCCUUUACUGCCACCGGAGGCAGUUGAUGUAUCCAACCAUCCUCUUUCCAUGCAGUCAGGAUUCGAUCAGAACUACUGCUACGGUGACGUUCUUUUGUCCUUCGUCUGGAGUGGCUCACUCGUCGCUAACUCUGUUUCCAUCAAAAGUAGUACAGAAAAUAUCAAGAAGCUCAAGCUUAUCACCAUUAGCAAAGGAUCCACCGACAAAGCGGACGAGGACAAAACUGAUGGCACUUCCGAGACGUCCAAGGUGCAACCUGGUUCGCAGCCGCAUGACUUCAUCCGAACCCAUUUCCAUCGGACUACUCAGUGUGAUUAUUGUGGUAAAAAGAUUUGGCUCAAGGACGCAUUCCAAUGUCGGGACUGUGCCAUGUGUUGUCACAAAAAGUGCAUCAGCAAGUGUCAGAGCUCGACGGUUUGCUCUGCAAACGAACCUGCACUACCGUCUGGAGGGCAACCGGAGUUCCGUGUGACGGAAGCCGAUUCGCCGUCUAUUGAAGUGGAUGACUUUGUGGACAUUGUUGAAGAGCACCAGCAGCAGCAGGCAAAGUCUAGGUUGGAAUGCCAUAGACAGAGUUUCAGCGAUUUGCUGGCGCAAGGUUUGAAACGGGUGAAUUCGGUCAACAACCUAUCGAUACCGAUGGUAUCGUCGUUGAAUCAGAGCAGUAAGAGUUUACCUCCCACGCCGCAGCACACGCCUCGGAAGCAGUCGCUAGCGAACGUGAACGCAAACCCGUUUGUGAUCGUUGCUCAAAAGCUCGAAAGUCUACCGGAGGACCUCAAGGAAUUGCAGAUGGAUCAGAUUGUCGAGUUGACGGCACCGCUGAUUGAGUAUGGUUCUUCGGAUUCGUUGAUGGCCCUGGCCAAGAGUACGAGCAAGUCGAUCUACGCAGACCACGAACCGGACGUGCGAACGGAGAAUAUCAAUAAACUGCUUUCCAAGCUGCAUAUAGCAUUGGAUUGCGAAACGCUCAACCAGUCGUCGCUAAGCGCGACCAAGGAAGGCGUAGCAACAGAUGACGGUAAAGACAAGCUAGCCGUGGGCAGCCAGCAAGUGGACGCCACCCGGUCGGCAUUUCUCGCCGGUCAAUCGGAGGAACGGGUCCAGGCGCUGAGCGUCAUCAUGCUGCACCUGUGCUCCGGACUGCAGCACGCCCAGGGUUCCAACUCAUCACCAUGGGACAAGGAACUAUACCGACGGAUGAACGCCGGACUGUCGCGGGAAUCGUUUUUCUAGCAGAAGGGUUCAAUUAUAGAAGAAGAAAACUGGCAGCCUACUGAACAACUAUACUACAAGAAACUCUCAAUCUGUGUGAUUUUUAUCUUUAGAGCUGAUUUUUAAGCUAGCAAAGUGUAUCCGGUAUUUAUGUAUCAUAUUUCAGGUUCUUUUACGCUGAGGAAAUAUUUCCGAGUUGGGAAGCUUAGCCGCUAAAACAUAUGAUCAUCUUCGAUCAUUCUGAUUGAGCACAUCAGCCUCCAACUUGGACUUGUUUUCUUACAGCGUACAGGAAAGUAACUAUCGGGCUAAGAGUAUUCUUGUGACAUUGAUAGUGUUGAGCGUGUUUUAAACUGCAUUAUAUAUUUUAAAUGCUUGAUAGCGUUAUCAAUUCCGAGCAUGACAAAUUUCAAUGCACGACGUAAUUAAUGAAUUGUACUUAGACGGGAAAACAACAAUGUGAAUAAGAUCAAAAUGAUUGGAAGCUACUACUUAUACAGCUAUAGUAUAUGGAGUAGUAUCCACACGUGAAGAAUGGGCGAACCCAGGAGGAAUUUCGUUGUUUUACGAUGCUAGUCAAUAUACAAGAAACAUCAUUCAAAUUGAUAGGAUUAGAAUUAUACAGUUAUACAUGGAUAUACUGCGUUGACCGCCGGAUGGGUUGGUUCAAAUGAUUUAGAUAAGAAAACAAGCAUUGGUGGUAAAAAGUAUUACUGACUACAAUAAAAUUUUACGAAAA